AUGUCUGCAUUGAGCCAAUUAUAUUCAUUGAUUAUAUCGGAUAUCUGGACAACAAUUAUUAGUCUACUAAUUGGUUAUGUUGUCUACUAUUUGGCAAAAUUUUAUUACCAAUAUUAUAGUCUACCUCCCGGUCCAUUCCCAUUACCAUUGAUCGGCAAUUUAUUAACAUUUAGAAGUAGACAUCAUUGGGAUUAUAUUAUGAGAAAAUUGGCCAAAAAAUAUGGUCCAAUAUUUACCGUAUAUUUGGGAAACAGUCCGCAAAUUAUGAUCACCGAUCCGGUCAUAGCUAGAAAAGCAUUCAAUAAAUCGGAUUUUUCGGGAAAAACUCAAACUUAUUUUGUCAAAUUAAUGGGUGAUGGUGUCAUAAUGGCUGAUUACGGACCCAAUUGGGAAACACGUAGAAAUGUUGCGCACGCGGCAGUUAAAAAAUAUUCAAACAAUGAACGAUUGGUUAACGUAGUCGUCGAUUGUGUGGACAAUACAGUGGAAACAAUGUUGAAAACUAUUGGUCCAAACAAACCCAUUGAACCAUCAGAUUAUAUAUAUCUAACAUUUUUAAACAUUUUGGCUAAUAGUGCUUUCAAUGAAAAAUAUAGUAUCGAUGAUCCAGAAUUUAAAAAAUUCAAAUUUGUUUUAAAAGAUUUAUUUUACGAAUUGGCACAACUAAUUAGUUUCUGUGAAUAUUCAAAACUAAUUCAAUGGAUUUAUUAUAAAUAUUUAAAAAAAAUACUUAAACAUUUCGAUGAAAUUCGUGAAAUUAUUAUUGAAAAACUAAAAAUUCAUUAUAAAGAUUACGAUCAGAAUAUUGAACGAGAUUUUUGCGAUACAUUGAUUGCGGCUAAAAAUAAUGCGCUCCGGGAGGGAGUGGGACAGGGAGUGGGAGUUAGCAAACAAUCUGUGGCUAAGUAUCUAACGGAUGAUAAGCUCGGUAUGACUGUGUUUGAUAUGUUUUUUGCCGGAAUCGAUACAUCCUAUAAUACAUUUCAAUGGAUGCUAUUGUUUUUAGCAAAUGAUUUAAAUGUGCAAAAAAAAUUACGAAAUGAAAUUUCCGAUAAAAUCGGUGACCGAUUGCCAACACUUGACGAUAGACAACGAUGUCAUUAUUCAAUGGCAUUCAUAUCGGAAACAUUAAGAUUCAGAAAUGUUGUUCCCGUAGGCGUCGAACAUAAGGCUAUAGUCGACAGUAAAAUAGGUAAUUAUAUGAUACCGAAAAAUAUGUCAGUAUAUGUCUAUCAGGGGUUUAUAUUGAGAAACGAUAGCAACAAGUAUUUGACAACAAAUCCUAAUGACUUUAUACCCGAGCGCUUCAUCGACAGUGACAACCAUUAUAUGACACCAACCAGUGGUUCGCAACCAGAUUUCAUACCCUUUGGUGUCGGACGUCGUGUAUGUAUAGGCGAAAAGAUGGCCAUCGCUGACCUGUUCCUAGUUUUGAUCCGAUUUCUACAAUCGACACAAACCUAUGACAUAGUUUUGGACAGUCAUCAGGGUUUUGAUGCCGAUCCUAAUAAUAGCGAUUCAAUUAGUCCCAGUAGUUAUACAAUUAUGUUUAAAUCUAAAUCAUAA